AUGAAUAUAGUAAAAACAAAAGCCCGCAAUAAGAUGGGUACAAAAUUGUUGGACUCUAUCCUUACAAUUAAAUCGGGCCUAAGGAGAAGAAACACGUGCUGCUUAAAAUAUAAAUUUCCACCAGAUGUACUAAAAAAAAUUGGUACCUUACAGACUUAUAAUUCAAUUUCAAAUCCUAAUUUAGUUACUUCAACAAUGUAUGCUCCUAGUACAAGUAUUGGUAAUAAUGAUAUUGAAUAUCAAGAAGAAGAUCCCGAUGAUACAGAUGAAUUAUGGAUUUAA